UCAUCUUGUUAUUAUUUAAAACAACAAAUACAGUGAGUUUCCUAUAAAACACCAGUUGAAAUUCGUCACAAUAAGACAGAGAAAAAUUUUUUAAAUUUUGACCGAAAAAUAUUUUCAAAAUGCGAUUUAUCAAGUGUGUUUUAACUCUAUCUAUAUUAUCAACGGCAUUAAUAGGAGAUUAUGUGGUAUUUAAAUCGACAUAUUCACAAUCUCCGGUAUUUCGUGCUGUUACUGACAGUUUGGUACACGCGAGUAUAGGGUUUCUUUCCUCAUUGUUGUUUUUCUCUCACGACAUCAAUGUCUCGUACAAUGUUAGCGUUCUGAAUAUCAUAAUAUGCACAUUCGUGUCUUCUUUAAUUGAUAUCGACCAUGCUGUGCUGGCUAAAUCCGUACAUUUAAAGGAUAUGGUAAACCUUCGUCAACGUGGUUUUCUACACUGCACGUCACUCUGGCUUCUUAUAACUACAAUCCUCUUGAUGUACAGCUAUGUAUUCAAAAAAGUCAAUGUAUAUUUACUUACUUUCAUGCUUAUUAUUGCCUACAGUAGCCACCACAUAAGAGAUGCGAAUCGUAGGGGUAUAUGGCUGUACCCGUUUGGGCAUACGGCUGCUGUACAUAAAUACAUGUAUAUUUUUUUAAUUUGCGCGUUACCUUACCUAUAUGCGUUGUGUUACGAUUUGUUUCUGAGUGAUUUUGUAAGGCAUGUAGUGGGGUUCGAUUAUAAAAUUAUUGUUUAAAACUUCUUUUCCAUACUGAUGGGU